UUCUCAAACAAAAUUAAUAAUUUGUUUUUUUUUCUUUUUAUGAUAAUUACAUCUCAUAUUUUCUUCUUUUAUCUUCUUUCUUUAGCCAUCUGUAAGCAAAUCGGUUACUUGUCUCCGCUGGCUCCUCUGUAACUCCAGACAUUGUACAAUCGGUGGAGAUGUGGUUGAAGCUGAUAAGGAAACCGCAACCCUACGUUGACCCUGAUCUCGAUCCGGUUUUAUUGGUUCCGGGUAUCGCCGGGUCGAUUUUGAAAGCUGUGGAUCAUCAGAAUGGGAAAGAAGAAAGGGUUUGGGUUCGGAUUCUCGGUGCCGAUUAUAAGUGUCGUACUAAGCUCUGGUCUCGCUUUGAUCCUUCUACCGGUAGAACUGUGUCCUUAGAUCCUUGCACAAGUGUUAGAGUUCCUGAAGAAAGAUAUGGACUUUACGCCAUCGAUGUCUUGGACCCUGACAUGAUCAUUGGACGUGAGUGUGUUUAUUAUUUCCAUGAUAUGAUUGUUGAAAUGAUGAAGUGGGGUUUUCAAGAAGGGAAAACCCUUUUUGGUUUUGGUUAUGAUUUUCGCCAAAGUAACAGGUUGCAAGAAACAAUGGAUCGCCUGGCAGCAAAAUUAGAGUCUGUGUACAAAGCAUCAGGAGGGAAAAAGAUAAAUAUCAUAAGUCAUUCUAUGGGGGGUCUUCUGAUAAAAUGUUUCAUGGGCCUUCACAGUGAUAUUUUCAAGAAAUAUGUUAAGAAUUGGAUUGCAAUUGCUGCACCAUUCCUGGGUGCACCCGGAUAUAUUGCUUCUACCUUUCUAAAUGGAAUGUCAUUUGUUGAUGGGUGGGAACAGAACUUUUUCAUUUCAAAGUGGAGCAUGCAUCAAUUGCUGAUUGAGUGCCCAUCAAUAUAUGAGUUAAUGGCUUGUCCACAUUUCCAUUGGCAACAUAUGCCACUUCUUGAGAUCUGGAGGGAGAAAGAAGGUUGUGAUGGAAUUCCUCGGAUUAUUCUAGAGUCCUAUCGCCCAGGAGAAAGCAUUGAUAUUUUUAAUGAAGCUCUUUCAGGCAACUCGGUUGACCAUGAUGGGGAGAAUAUUCCACUACCUUUCAAUUUGGAGAUCUUGAAAUGGGCUAAAGAGACUCACAGGGUGUUGGCUCAUGCUAAGGUUCCUUCUGGAGUUAAAUUCUACAAUAUAUAUGGGAUCAAUCUUGAGACACCACACAGUGUUUGCUAUGGAAGUGAGGAGACACCUGUCACAGAUAUACAAGACUUACCGUUUUUUCAGCCCACGUAUAUAUGUGUUGAUGGUGAUGGAACAGUUCCAGCAGAAUCAGCUAAGGCAGAUGGACUUCAUGCAGAAGCAAGGGUUGGAGUCCCUGGUGAGCACCGGGGAAUUCUUUGUGAACCUCAUGUAUUUCGAAUUCUCAAGCACUGGUUGAAGGCAGGCGAUCCAGAUCCUUUCUACAACCCAAUAAACGACUAUGUGAUUUUACCAACAGCAUUCGAAUGGGAAAGUCACCAUGAGAAAGGCUUACAAGUUACGUCACUCAAAGAGGAAUGGGAAAUUGUUUCUGAAGAUCAAGACAAUCUUGAAGAUGUGGCUAGUAGAAAGCCAUUUGUUAGCUCGAUAUCUGUUUCACAAGGGGGAAAUAAACAAUCCUCAAGGUCUGAGGCUCAUGCAACUGUUACUGUUCAUCCGCAAACUGAGGGUAAGCAACACGUUGAGCUCAAUGCCAUAAGCGUGUCUGUUGAUGCUUAGAAUUGAAUUGUUGAACUCAAUGAAAGCAAGUACAAACCCUCUUCUGUGUAACUGUCGUAUAUUUAAGAGCUCAUGACUUUGAACUUGAGCCCAUGGUUUUAUUCAAAUGGUGUAAGAUGUAUAAAUGCAGUUGUACAUAGCUAUUAUCAUAAUAAUGAACUGCUAUGAAUUGUUCAACUUUGGUA